GGUCUCAGCCUCCCGAGCUUGCUGCUCGAGCUGGCGGGGUUCCUGGUCUUCCUCCGCUACCAGUGUUACUACGGGAGCCCAGUGAUCACCUACCUAGAGUACCCCAUCCUCAUCGCACAAGAUGUCGUCCUCCUACUCUGCAUCUUUCAUUUUAAUGGGGAUGUGAAACAGGUUGCACCGUACCUGGCUGUAUGCCUGUUGUCUUGGUUCAUCCUCGGCUUGCAUAAGGGGGCCAUCGACCUGGCCAUGAACCUGUGCACACUGGUCAGCGCAGCCAGCAAGUUUAUGCAGCUCCAGUACCUGUGGAAGACCCAGGACUCGGGCACUGCCAGUGCGCUCAGCUGGGGCCUCUCUGCCUACACCAGUGCAGCGAGAAUAAUAACAACUUCCAUGACCACCAAUGACCUGACAGUUCUCAUCCGUUUUGUGAUCAUGCUGGCCUUAAACAUCUGGGUGACAGCGACAGUGCUGCAGUACCGGAAGCCGGCCGCCAAGACCGACUGACAGCGCGGCGCCGCUGAGCAGAGCCUUCGGCCACUCUGGAAUGUGAAGCCAGAGGGUUUUGGACUCACAAGGCCCCUUAAGCGCGCGUUGUAAAUGUCAAUCUCUGUCUGCACCGCCUCUGCUAGGGGUCACACCAGGCUCACACGCCCAGGGUCUGCACCAAGCUCCAGCCCUCGCUCGCUCUCACGGUGCCUGCAUCCUCUGGCUCCAGCACGCGCCAUGUGACGAGGACUGGCCCGGGGGCAGCGCCGGGCAAAGCCCUGGGGUCCGGGAUGCACUCCACGUGUCCCUGGCUUCACUUCACCUCUGAGCCUCGAGGGCUUCUCUGAGAACUGCUGCUAAGCCCUGUUCUUCUCUUAUUAUUGUUAGGAAAUUCUGUUUUCAUAAAAAUGCCCACCAGAGGAGUCCUAACAAGGCUCCGGGUGCAAUGACUGGGCAGGAGAGCAGCUCAGCCGGCCACACCGAGCGAGGAAGGCGCAGUGCGGCCUGGAAGGGCCUCGCCCACACGUGGCGUCACAGACUGGGCACCAAACACCAGGUCUCAGCUACUGAAAUACGGGAUUUUACUCUUAGCAUCGUAUCUCAUUCUAAACUUGAUCUUAACAUUAUUGUACAGCGUUAUCCCCUAAAACAUUAUAAAUUUAACAUUUAAGCAAAGUGAAUUAUUCCAUCAUAUACAGGAAAUGGACCACAUGUUUAGUUUCCCAUAUAAAACUUUCAUAUUUUAACUGAGGCUGUCAAUGAUUUUAAAUUAUGUAUGUAAGGUAUGUUUUCAGUAAACUGGCUAAUUCCUUUAGUAUUGCUUGGGACUAACAGGAAGAACAAUGCAGUAUCUAAAAAGAAUUACUCAUUUUAUGUAGUUGUUUCAUUCACAGUUGUCAUUUACAAAAACCCAAGUGAAUCUUUUUUUUCGUCAACACUAACGACCAUCGGCACAGACUGUGCACCCUGUCCGCCCCUCCAGUGCCUGCCUGCCGUGGCACAACAGCCGUGACAGGAGCCUGGGGCCCCGAGUGCACCCUAGGAACCGGCCACCUUCGCCAACUCCAGGCACAGUUUUAGGUCUGACUGCAGGUACCCAGGUGGACACAGGUCCUGGCUGAGACCCAACACUGCAGUUUUCAUGAUCUCAUGACCCCACCUGCAAUCAGAAGCCCAAGCCUUCCUCACAAGACCAGCCCAUCUUGUUUUGUUUCGGUUUUUUGAGACCGGGUUUUACAAUGUAGUUCAGGCUGGUCUUGACCUCACUACAAAGUCCAGGGUGGCCUCAAACUUGAUAAUCCUCCUGCGUUAGCCUCCUGAGGGCAGGGAUCACAGGCGUGCGCCACCACGCCUUCCCAUCUUUUCUUUCAGGAAAGACAAAUCUUUUGGUGAACUUGUGAAAGCUGCAGAAUUCUAGGACUAUUUCAUAGGAAAAGUAUGAAAAUAUUUACAUCUUUAUUUCUUUUAUUUACUUUUUUAUAAAAAG